AACGAGAGAACUUACCUCGGUCGGCACAAGCAUCCAUCACAUCAUAUCAUAUAUCACUGUACCUGCCUGCUUACUACCUACUAGUUAGUAUUCAGGCGAUGUGCAAGACUGGGUGGUCUGAUGCCCACACGACAUGCAUCUUCUAGCUAGUCGUUGACCGUUGAUUGUCCUAUCGGGUCAGUCACUUGACUAAAUAACCGUCAAUCUGCACAUUCUUGGUAGAUCAUCAUCAUUAUCAUCUCUCUCCCACAUUUCUUGUCUAUCUUCUCUGAAACACAGUCACCAUAUUCUUGGCGAUUUCUCCAGCCAAGUUGAAUCAAUAUGUCGGAGUACAAGGUGGAGUAUGAUUCGGAGCUGGAUUCCUUUCAGCUCUACCACCGCUACAAAGAACCCCAACCGAACCUCGACUGGAAGCGCGCCGCUCUCAGCGGGCCCGCACUUCCAGCGCUGGGCAAUGCCGUGGCGGGAGCAGUCGGCUCCGCGCUCUCGAACGUCGCGACGUAUCCGUUGAGUUUGAUCGUUGCGCGCUUGCAAACGCAGAAAGUGAGAAGCGGUACAAAGUCGGGUGAAUCAGAGUCGGACGCCGAAUAUACCAGCGUCCUCGACGCAGCACGCAAAAUCUACGCCGAGGAAGGAAUCGCCAGUUUCUACACGGGUCUAGCGCAGGAUACGAUAAAGUCCGUUGCGGAUUCAUUUCUCUUCUUCCUUGCGUACGAGUUCUUUCGUCAGCGCAGGAUACGUGCCCGGUUCGGGAAUACGCGCCGCAGCAAACAUACUGUUUUACCGGUGCUGGAUGAGUUAGCGGUGGGGGUUUUGGCGGGGGCGUUUGCUAAGUUGUUUACGACGCCGUUGGCGAAUAUUGUGGCGAGGAAGCAGACGGCUAAGGAUGUUGGUGGUGGGAGUACGAGGGAGAUUGCGGCGCGGAUUAGGGCUGAGAAGGGACUGCGGGGGUUCUGGUCGGGGUAUUCGGCUUCGUUGAUACUCACGUUGAAUCCGUCGAUUACGUUCUUUCUGAAUGCUGUGUUGAAGUAUGCGUUGCUGCCGAGGAGUCAGCGACAGAAGAGACCGUCUGCUGUGGCGACGUUCUUCUUGGCGGCCGUUAGCAAGUCGAUUGCUUCGUCCGUGACUUAUCCGUUUUCGAUGGCGAAGACGCGGGCGCAAGUUGCGGGGGGUCAAAUUACGGUGGGAUCUGAUAGGGAGAAGAGAAAGGAGGAUGAAGGGGUGUCGUUGAUGCCGGCGAUUGUUAGUAAUGUGGUUGCGAUUGCGCGCACUGAAGGUGUUGCUGCGCUUUAUGCUGGACUUCCUGGGGAGGUGCUCAAGGGGUUCUUUUCCCAUGGGUUUACGAUGCUCGCGAAGGAUGCGGUGUAUUCGGCUAUUGUGAAGAGUUAUUAUCUGCUGCUCAUUGCGCUUCGGAGGUAUCCGACCCCAGAGGAACUGCUUCAAAGGGCUCGCGAGCAAGCGGAGGAGUUUGCUGAUGCUGCUCGUGAGGGUGCUCGUGAUUUGGCCGAGAGAACACGGAGCGGCACGGAAGAAGUCCUAAGUCACCAGGCUGGGGGUGUGACGGUGGAUAUGACUUCCAGUGAUUUGGCGGAUUCGAAUGAGACGGCGGAGAUGGUGGGAGAUUAUGUCGAGGAUGAUGGUAGUGCGAAGACAUACCCCAUGUCGACCGACCCCCAUCCCGGUCCCGGUCUAGGGGACCUGGAGAAAGAACUCACCUGCUCGAUCUGCACGGAUCUGCUCUACCAGCCUCUUACCCUCCUCGACUGCCUGCACACCUUCUGCGGCUCCUGUCUCAAAGAAUGGUUCACUGCACAAGCCUCCCGCGCCCGGUCGUCAUCUUCCGUCCGCUUCACUUGUCCGUCUUGUCGCGCGGUGGUCCGUGAAACCCGCCCUAAUGCUACCGUUACUACGUUACUGGAUAUGGUCCUGGCGGCGAGUCCCGAUCGGGAUAAGUCGGCUGAGGAGAAGGAGGAGAUUGCGCUGAGAUACAAACAUGGUGAUUCGGUGUUCCCUGUUUUGUCGUCGGCGGAUCGGAGCGGUGAUGUUUCGGAUGAUGAGGAUCGGAGGUUGUUGGAGGAGGUAAGGGAAUUGAGUUUGCAGGAAAGUCGGAACCGGUCGAGGAAUGCUACUGCUACGACUGGUCAUCGGUCGAGGCAGUCGUCGCGGACUCGUCGCACGGAAUCGAGCGCUGAGGUGGAUGGGGCGCGACAACGACGGCGAGAAGAGGAGCGUGCUGGGCGGCGACGGCAAGGGGAGACUGCUGCGGAGCGCAAUAGACGCAUAGAGCAUCAGUCUAGCUUGCGGUCGUUGUUGAGUUUGUCGGAUACGGAGACGAUACAGGAUCAGAUUCUACGGCAGAUUCUGGAGGAGGGGCUGUUGGAUGAUAUCGACUUUGAUAAUCUGGGUCCGGCGCAGGAAGAGGAGCUUAGUGAGCGCAUCGCUGAUGCUUAUCGUCGGAGGCAUAGGCUGCGGUCUCGCUCGCAGCAACGGUUGCAGGCGCGGGAGACGAAUCAGACGUCGUCACGGGCUCGAGCUCGCUCGCAUUCUACGCAGAGACCACAGGAAAGUUCCACCACGCCAAACGAGACUAGCCGGAAUCCUCCUGUAUCGAGACCGCAUCUACUAGAUCCGCUCAUGGCACGAAAUGGGAAUCCGGGUCAUCAGAGGCGGUUGUCGGAUCAAGGCAGCAGCCGUCGGCGAACAUCACCGGUGCCUGCAAAUCCUGCUUCUUCGUCGGAGGUCACGCUGAGGCCUGCAGCGCGAUCGUCUAGUGACGUGGUUACUGACCGUCCCCGAAAUUCGCAGGCUGCCCGAGUCAGAACGGAUUCGUCGCCGCGCUCUCGACGUGCCACGGCAUCUGAGCAGAGCACACCGAACAUCUGGGUGGAAGGAGCUAGGGAACGUGCCAUCCGACGAGCUCCUGGUAGAUUAUCCAUCGAUUCACCACGGGUGGUUGCAGCUCCUGAGCAGAAUACACACACCGGAUCCUGGCCAGCGAGUCCGGGGGUGGUUGUGCCUGCGAGCAGUUCCUUGGUAGCAGAAGUGGGAGGGACAGGCAGAUCAGAGGCGCGAUCUCGACCAUCUUCGUCUCGGUCCAAUGCGCCUCGCUCUGCUAUCAUGUUCCGCGAACCGUCUAUUUCAUGCGAUCGUUGUGGCAAGGAGAAGCUACAAUAUGACUUACACAAGAAAUGUCCCAAAUGCAAUGAUGGCGAAUACCACCUGUGCUUGAGAUGCUAUCGCACCGGCGAAGGGUGUCUCGAAUGGGCAGGCUUCGCCAAGUCCGCAGAAGCGGACUUUGAACGUAUUAUCGCUUCUUCAAGUGGCCAUCCCUCGCCACUUCGCAGCAGCUCCCAGCAGCACAUCUUGCAGUCGUGCAAGUACCGUCGGGCACCAGAUAUAGCCUACCGAACCGACCGAGACGGACGAGUUAUGACCACCGACGACCCAGCCCAAAGACUAACCACCGGCUUCUUCUGCGAUAGCUGCCAAUCUCCAGCAAACGACUGCUACUGGAAGUGCGACCAAUGCAACGAAGGCGACUGGGGCUUCUGCAACCGCUGCGUGAACCAAGGACGAUGCUGCACCCAUGCCCUCCUCCCCAUCUGCCGCAUACCACCCGACAGCAACUCAACUCCAACCGCUACCGCAACCACAACCGACAACACGCCCUCCCCAUCUCUUGAAACCUACAAGAUCCUCUCCAUCGCAACAAACUGCGACAUCUGCACGCACCCCAUCCCCGACUCCACCCCGCGCUUCCACUGCCUCCAAUGCAACAACGGCGACUACGACAUCUGCACGAACUGCUACCUCCGUCUCGUGGCCAUCGGCAAAAUCCGUAAAGAAAACGGCCACAACGGCUGGCGCCGCUGCCUGAAAGGCCACCGCAUGGCCGUGAUCGGCUUCGAAGACCACGAAGAAGGCCAACGCCGCGUCAUCCUCCGUGACCUCGUAGGCGGUCGUGCCCUCAACGACGACCACCUCAUCCAGCCCUCCUCUCCAACCGCCCCCCCAAUCACCACCAUCUCCACCUCCAACUCCACCAUCGCCUCCCCUGAAGUUGGCUCCGGCGACUGGAGCUGGAAAGAGGGCUCUGAGCGACGCAAAAAGGCUUCUCGGAUUAGACCCUGGACUAUCGGUGAUCGUGAUCGUGACCGUGACCGCUCCUCAGAACCAAGCACACCCACCAUCACCACACCUUCCCCCUUCACUAUAUCCAACCCAGCUAUAUCCUCACAAGUUUCAUCCCCAACAAAUUCUACGACACCCACGAAUGGCACCCGCCGCUACCCACCCGACGGCGGCGUCGGCUUAGUCGUCCAUGCCCUAUGGUCAUGGUACCCCGAAGACGGAGUCAAAGACGAACUGAUGUUCCCGCGCGGAGCGGAAAUCACCGAGGCAGAGAAUAUCAAUGAUGACUGGUACUGGGGGUGUUAUGCGGGAUUGACGGGGUUGUUUCCGGGGGCGCAUGUGUUUGUUGCGGGGGAGGUGGUUUGAUUGAUGGCUUAUGAUGACGAUGGUGGUGAUGGUGAGGGUGACAGUUCGGGGUUUCUUUUCAUGCUGUUGAAUUUGUUGUUUGUUUUCUUUGCUGUGUGAUUUGUUUACGCUUUACUGACUGAUGAUGAUGAUAUGUUUUAUGACUUAUGUUUUGUAUGUAGUAUAUGUUGUUGUUACUUUUCUAUGAUGAAUGAACGAAUAGGUCAAUGAAAAAUAC